AUGGGCGCCCCGAAGCCCUAUGACGGCGCCGGCAUCGAGAUUGUUGCGGAUGGUGCGGCGAAGCAAGGGGUGGCCAACAGUGCAGCGCCUGCUGUGUAUGAGUGGCUCCUCGUCGGCGCCGGCAUCACGGGCGUGUACGGUAUCGGCGCCGUCCCUCCGCAACAGCGCAGCGGCGUGCUGGUUAUUGAGCAACAGGAGCGUGUUGGGGGCCUGUGGGCGCAGCUGCCGCGCUGGCAAACAGUCCAGAACGACCCGAUAGAUUUCUGCACGGAGGGCUUCACCACACGCAAGAAGGUCUGGACUGCGGAUGACGUGUGCCACCUCCUGGAAAUGAAGAUCAAGGUCCAGGGCCUGGCGCCCUACAUCAAGAUGGGCCACAAGCUGGAGGGCUAUGUUUGGAGCGAGGAGGACCAGCACUGGGUCUGCCAGGUCACUCGCCUGGCAGACGGCGCCCGCCUGCAGAUCCUGACCAAGCGGCUCCUCCUGGGCACCGGCAAGCACGCGCGCCCGCUGAUCCCCGAGGUCAAGACCGACGGCAGCGUGACGGUCCUGCACUCCAGCCAGAUCGCCGACCUCGGGAUCCUCAAAGGCAAGAAGGUGGCGGUCGUCGGCGCGGGCGCGUCGGCGAUCGACCUUUGCAUGCACUCGCUGCAGCACGGCGCGGAGGGCAAGGUGGAGUGGAUCCUGCGGGAGGCGCGCCACUUUUCGGGCAUCUCCUUCAACACGCUCUGGCCGAUGAUCCUGGUGCAGCUGCUGUACUGGCAGUGGCUGGCCUACGCGGCCCUGAACCUCAUCGUGACCGCCGUCGUGUACGGCCGGCACCUCGUCGGCGGCACGCUGAGCUGGAUGCCCGGGCGGUGGUACGACGUGCGGUACGAGCAGCUCGUGCCCGGCCGCGGGUACCUCGUCAGCAACAAGCGCCGUGUCUCGCGCCGCGCGGGGACCGAGGUCUCCAGGAUCGAGGGCGGCGCGCUGCACCUGACUAACGGUGACGUCAUCGAGGGCGUGGACUACCUGCUGAUGGGCACCGGCUACGCGCCGCCGGAGCGUCCGGCCGGCUUUGAGCGGCCGCAGAACUUUGCGGGCUUCCUGCCGACCGGCCCGCACCGCGGGCGGCUGUGGCUGAUGGGGGAGGACCUGCUGGACACGACUGCGGCGACGCCGUUUGUCGCCUACAUGCUCGCCAUCGUGUACCGCGCCCUCGCCGACGACCCGGACGUCCUGUCCAAGCUCGCAGACGCGCCGCGCCCGGCGGGCGGCGCCGACGCCCUCGGCCGCCCGCGGCUGCUCAACGCGAUGGACGUGUUCGUGGCGGUCGCGCCGCUCGCGCGGGGGCUGUUCCCGUGGUACGUGUGGCGCGUGCGCAUGCUGGGGCUGUACCUCUACUACCGGCUGGUCCACAAAACGGUGGUGUUCUUCCCCAACACCGUCAUCAAGACGGGCAUGAACCUUGACGAGAUGGAGCGCGACACAGAGCUCGUCGCCGUCGUCGCCGAGUGA